AUGAAGCUCACUACUCUUCAGGCCGUCCUCGGCUCGGCCUUGGUGUUGCUGUCCGCUCAGCCGGCUACCGCUCACGAGUCUUCCCACCGCCAUCUUCACAAGGCAAGGCCUGCGCGUGGCCCUGUUGAGGAGAUUCAGCAACUCGCUGAGAGGGAGGUAAUCAAGAGGACUGCUGACGGCAAGGCUAUUUGCAGCCUCCCCAGUGAUGGCGACUUGGUUAGGGUUCCCGGUGCCUCUAACAAUGGCUUCGCGAUGAGCCCCGAUCAAGUCUGUACUGAGGGUUCUUACUGUCCUAUUGCUUGCAAACCUGGCAAGGUUAUGGCGCAAUGGGACCCGGAUUCGUCCUACGGUACCACUUCUCGCAUGAAUGGUGGCCUCUACUGUGGCUCUGAUGGCAAGGCCACCAAGCCAAUUAAGGGCUCCCCCUACUGCGUUGACGGCGCCGGCACCCUUGAGGUCUUUAAUAAGUGCGGCAAGACUCUGUCGUUCUGCCAGACCGUUCUUCCUGGCAAUGAGGCGAUGCUCAUUCCGAGCGUCAUUGACAGGUCUAUUACCCUCGCUGUUCCCGACCCCAGCUACUGGUGUGGCACGGCUGCUCACUAUUAUGUCAACCCACCCGGUGUCACAGAUGAGGGCUGCAUCUGGGGUGAUCUGUCUAAACCAGUUGGUAACUGGGCUGCCUACGUCGCCGGAGCAAACCAGAUUCAAGACGGCAGUACCUACGUCACCAUCGGCUGGAACCCCAUCUGGUUAGGUGUUGCCACGCUGACGAACACGAAGCCUACGUACGGCCUCAAGAUCGAGUGCCCUGAUAAAGGCUGCAAAAAUGACCCUUGCACCAUUGACCCCUCUUCCACUGCCAUUAACGAAGUCAAAGCCGACAAAGUGGGUACCGGAGCUGGCGACGCCAAGUUCUGCGUUGUCACUGUCGACAAGGGCAAGAAGGCUCGCAUCACCGUCUUCCCUCUCGACGGCUCCGGCGGCGACGACUCCGGCGAGAAGAAGGACGAUAGCAAAAAGGAUGAGAAGAAGGAAGACAAGGUGGAAAUCAAGGUUGCCAAGUCUACGCCUUCGCCAACCCCCACUCCUACGCCUACGCCUACGCCUACGCCUACCCCGACGCCGUCCUCCUCCGCGGCCCCGGACUCGACCAGCUCCAAGGCAAAAUCGUCCAGCUCAUCUGCCUCAUCCUCUACUCCGACUCCCACUGUUAUCCCGGGUAUGUUCCACGAGAACGACACGACCACGACGGCAUCCGAGGAUUCCAAGAUUACCACCCUCGAGCCCACUGCUGCCUCCACAACCGAAGAAGCCGCCCCCGCGACAACUUCCAAAGAGAAUGAGGGUGUCAGGCAAGGUGGUGGCGCCAUUGCCGGCCUUAUCAUUGCGUUUGUCGCCGCCACCUUCUUGUACUGA